AUGCCCAGGCACUACAUCGCUAUCGUUGCGGCCGGCUGCCUCAUCAUGAUGACCACGUGCUCCUUCGUCUUCGCCGUCGGAGUCUACCAAUCCCUGUAUGAGGAGAUGGCUGCACAACCCGACACCCCCUUCACCGGGGCUUCGACGGCGCUCAUUGAUCUCAUCGGCACCCUGGCCAUCGCGCUCAUGUCCAUGGCCGGACCCUACGCCACCGCCUGGUCGAAGCAAUACUCCCCGCAAGCCGUCAUCAUCGCGGGCGGCUGGGUGUUUGGGGUCGCCUACAUCCUUGCCAGCUUCAGCCGGGCGCUGUGGCAUUUCGCCCUAACACAGGGUCUGCUUCUCGGGAUUGGAUGCUGCCUCGCCUACGUGCCCACCAUGUCCGUGGCCCCGACCUGGUUCAGCGCCCGCCGCGGCCUGGCCAUGGGGGUGAUCAUCUCUGGCACGGGGAUCGGCGGCAUGAUGUGGCCCCCGGUCCUGCGUGCGAUGAUCUCGCACAUCGGAUUUCGCAAUGCCCUGCGUGUGUCUGGUUGUAUCGCCACGACGAUCGUGACGGGCGCUGGCGCCGUCCUUCGCUGGGAACCGCGAUUCCACGCCAACUUGAGAGUCCGACAGCAGCAGCAGCAGCAGCAGCAGCAAGAUUCUAACACCAAUAACUCCCAAACAACGCAGUGGAAGCGCCUCCUCAGCGUCCCCCUCGUCGACCGCACCACCGCGCUCUCCGCGCGCUUCCUCGCCCAAGCAUCAGGCUGCUUUCUGCAAUCCGCCGGGUACACAACCCCACUCUUCUUCUACGUCUCCUUCGCGCAGACCCUGGGCUACAGCACCACCACGGCCGCCACUUUCCUGACAGUCAGCAACGCCUCGAACUUCGUCUCGCGGAUUGUUCUCGGCCACCUGGCCGAUAAAUUCGGGCGCAUCAACGCCCUCGCCGCGACCACGCUCGUCAGCGCCGUGGCAGUAUUCGCCUUCUGGCUGCCGGCCACCUUUUCCCCGGACGGCGGGGUGUCCGCCGCCGCCGCACGCGGCUGCUUCAUCGUGUUCACGGUGCUGUACGGGGCGUUUGCGAGCGCGUACAUCUCGCUGUUCCCGGCCUCGUUGGUGGAGGUGUUCGGGGUGGAGAAGUUCACCAGCGUGAACGGGGUGCUGUAUCUCAUCCGGGGCAUGGGGGCGCUGGUGGGUACCCCGUUAGUGGGGUUGUUGAUCCCCGAGCGCACGGCGUUGGUGGAGGCCGGGACGUAUCGGCGGGCGGCGGGCACGGUGGGCGCGUUGUUGAUGGUUGCGGCAGGGGCGUGUUUCUGGGUGCGCUGGGAGAUAAGAGGUAGCAAUAAGGGGUGGAGGGUGUAG